AUGGAACUAUUACGAAUGCUUUUGUUCUUUGGCCUGAUGAUUGCAAGGGUCACAUCUUUGGGUCCAAAUGUUGAUAAUAUUCAUGGGUUGUUCAAUGAUGGCUUAGAUGUUUCGAUGGUUACAGAAAUUUGGCAUAAAUCAUCUGAUAGUAUUUGUCUCAGUUUGGCAAAGCCCCGUAAUUUCAGUUUUUUGGGCCAAAAUCCAAGGCCUGUUUUCACUGGGCUUGUCAGUCAGUCGGUCGGCUUUCGCACAACCCUGGCCUGUUUUCACUGGGCUGUCAAGUCUGGUUGGCUUUCGCACAACCAAGGGCCUAUUUUCACUGGGCCUGUCAGUCAGUCGGUUGGCUUUCGCACAACCCUGGCCUGUUUUCACUGGGCCGUCGAGUCUGGUCGGCUUUCGCACAACCAAGGGCCUGUUUUCACUUGGCCUGUCUGUCAGUCGGUCGGCUUUCGCACAACCCUGGCCUGUUUUCACUGGGCCGUCGAGUCUGGUCGGCUUUCGCACAACCAACACAAAACAACAAGAGUCAGAACAACACUGGAAACAAAUUGUGUGACUUUAGUACGCGUGCAAAACUAUGCCAAUGAGCGUAGAGUCUCGUACCAAAUCCACUUUUGA